AUGGCUGCUGACGGCGGUGCUGUGGACCGUGGGCAUGAGGAUGGAGGCGAUGAUCUGGAGCCCCAAAAGUUGGGCAAAGAGACGUCCGCGGCCGACGUGUUCACCAAGGCCUGCAGUGAGGAGGAGGGGUCCUCUUCACACGGCUCGCCGCUGGUGCCUCUCACGGUCCUGGCCUGGAUCCUCACGUCGAUCUCCACCUUGAUGGUCAACAAGCGGCUCUUCAGUGGAUCACGGUUUCCGUUCCCGCUGCUCCUGCUUCUGAUACACCAAGGCUGUUUUGCGGUGCUGUUGACCGGCUGCAGGCCAGGGUGUCGGCGUUUAAUUUGGCCCGGUUCAAGGUGCCUCGCGCCGUCAGCAGUCCUCAAGGUGGUCAUGCCGGGCUUCGCCAGCGUCAGCCUCCGGGCUUGGCUCCGCCAGUACCUCCUCCUGGGCCUGCUCCAGGCUUUGAGCAUGGGCCUUCAGAACAAGGCGCUCUCGCUUGUCAGCGCGCACGCGGUCAUCAUGCUGUCGGCCUCCAAGCCGGUGCUGGUGGCCUUGCUGCAGGCGGCCCUGAAGCUCGCUUCUUUCACGGGCACCCAGCUCAAGGCGCUUGUGUGCGUGACGCUGGGGGUCUCGGCUUCCGUCACCGGGGAAGUGAGCAUGUCCCUUCAUGGCUUCGUCUUCCUCUUUGGGGCGCAGGUGACCGAGGCGAUGCGCAUCGUCCUCAUGCAGCACCUCUUAGAGGACUCCGCCAGCAAGCUCGAUGUGUUGACGCUCCUGUCGCUAUCAUCGCCAGCCUGCGUGCUUUUGCUGACGCCUUGGGCCUACUUCCUGGAGCUGCGUGGCCAGGACUUGUCGACAAUGCCCUCGUUGCUUUCCAGCGGCAUUCUCGUGAGCACGGUCUUGGCCUUCGGUGUUAAUGUGCUGAGCGCGCAGGUGGUCAAAGUUACCGGCGCGCUGUCACUGGUGCUGCUCGGCGUGGUGAAGGACUUCAUGGGAGUGUUUCUCUCUGCUUGGCUCUUCGCCGUGCCGCUGAGCAUCAUGCAGGUGCUUGGCUACUCCGUGGCCGUCAUGUUCAUCAACGUGUACAAGGAUCUCGCCAAGCGGGGUGCCGAUGCCGGCAAGAUUUCCCUGGGCGAGGCGGUGUCACUCCUGCUGCCGACAAAGCUGCGGUGCAUGGACGUCCGGUUGGCGAUCGGGACAGUUCUGCUCCUGGGAGCCGGCUGCAUAGGGUUCUUCAGUUCCAGGCAGCUCAUGGUCAACAUGACCGACUUGCCUCUGCGCCUGGUGGACAACUCGACGAGGGAUGGCCCUUCGCAUUCUGGAGGAAGCCUCCGUGCGUGCGGCGAGGCCUGUUCCGAGCAGCAAACCAGGCUGCCGGGGAAGUCCUGA